GUGAACGAGAGUGCGUAUACCUAGUUCAGUAGCACGAUGAAUGUGGUGGUUACUAUCUUCACGUCACUUUUGGCACUACAUAUACUAACCUUCGCUUAUUCACUUCAAGGCGUGCUUCAGCUGAAACCGACACUGAAAAGAACUUUCCAUUAUGAACUGCUCCACCCAAAAUUAUCCAAUUCAGCGCCUAGAUCAGUGGCAUAUCUCAGCCGUCCUGUGGAAAUAUCAACACCAUAUCCCCCACUUCUGCCCUCAUUGAAGUUGCCAACACAACCACCAUUAGUACCGGAUAUCCUAAACAAUCUGUUUCAACAAGGACCUAAGAAUGUAAAAGAAAUAUCAAACAAUCAUCUUGAUCAUUUAUUUACACCUAAUACGAUUAACGAACCUGCUGUAACAUUGGGCCAGAUCGAGAAUUAUAAUAAAGAUUUGGAAGAACUAGCUAAAGAAGAGCGAGAACAAAAUAAAGCGUCCAGUGAUUUAAAAAAAUUAGAUGAGUUCGAUAAAAGUGCACCCAAACUUCAUGUUAGUGUGAAUAGUGGUUUGUAUAAUUAUAACUAUACUCUUCAGAAAAAAUAACAUUGGUAUACGGUUUGGUGUAUCAAUCAAACAUCACAAGGACGAAAACA